GAAGCCGUAUAUGCUCCGGUAUGGGGAGACAGAGUUGGGGGCGGAGGUGUAUAUGGGUGGUGUCGAGACGGUUGCGAAUUUGACGAGGGGUGAGGGGGAUAUGACACCCCCGAGCGUGUUUCUGAUCAGUGACGACCCCUCCGCCGCCAACGCCUUCCCAGACGACAUCUAUGCAUCCGGCUCAGGCCUCCCCACCCCCGCCGCCCCCUUCACCUACCCCGAAUUCCUCUCAUCCUCGACCCCCGCCUUACGAGCCCAAAUCGCAGCCAGCUUCAUCGUGGAUAUCUCCAUUGCGAUGACGAAAGCGGGUAGGGGGGUCGUGUGUGCGAUUAGUUCUGGGGCGUGUAGGAUACUUGCGCUCAGUUUGGGGUGGGAGGAGGGGAUUUUGGGGGGGAGGUGGGGGAACGUUGAUGGGGAUUUUGAUUGGAGGGGGGUUGACUGGUAGCUAAGUGCAGUGGAUUUAUUGUUCAAUCAAGUCGUCCUGGGAAUUCUCACGCGCCCG